CGUCAUAACCCCACCCGACCGCAACCGCAGCCGAUCGUAGCGCAGGUGGCGACCGCAGGGGGGUAUGACCACAUACGGGCCGCCGGUUGAAAUGUGUGGACGGACAUUAGGGUGCAGAUCGCAGGGCGCAGAUCGCAGGGCGCAGAUCGCAGGGCGCAGAUCGCAGGGCGCAGAUCGCAGGGCGCAGUGGCAGAUUUCGAUGAUGACUCAUCGCCCAACUUCAACUAGUGUUGGAGGGUGGGUGAUGUAGAUUGCUGACCGCAGGCUAUAGUUUGGUUUGAGUGUGAGAGUUUAUGAUUAAUGUUGAAUGUUGUGUGACCACCACACUGGAGUGUGAUGAAAUAAUUGUGGUCAGUGUAGUUCUAUUUUUUCCCAGGAAGAACAAGAGUAAAAAAUUAUAUUUGUUUUCGUAUAAAAAGGGCAAACGGUUUCAUAUUGUAAUCAUUAUAUUAAAAAUCAUUUAUUUAAUCAAAUUCAAAAUUAUUGUUAUAAAAAUGAGAGAAUUUGUAUGUAAUAUUUGUGAGAAAACUUACGAACAUAAUCAAUCUUUGAAUCGUCAUUUGCGUUUACAACAUUCAAUUGAGUGUGUGAAAUGUAAUCAGAAUUUUAGUACUUAUCCAGAGCUUUUAAAGCAUAUGAAGUCAAUGGACCACAAUGAAAAAAAAGAGGAAAAAACGGUAUACUGUGAAAAUUGCAAUUUAGCUAUUCCAAAAAAUCAGUGGAAGAAUCAUAUCAGCACUAACACACACAUCGAUAAGUGUGUAAAAUGGUUAGAUAAGGAUGUGUCUUGCUUUGGAUCUAGCUUUCAAAAUCGAAUAGAAAGUUAUAAAAUAAAAAAUAGUGAGAUCAAUAACUUGAUACCCGAAAACUUUUUCAAAUCAAUUCAAGAAAAAGUAAUCAAUAUAAUUCAAAAGGCGUUGCAAAAGCAUGAAUCUAUUAAAUAUAAUUGUACACUACAUUGUAAUUAUAUUUUGAUGAAAGAGAAAGCGGAAGAUGAAAUUAGUUUAUUUACACAUCACACAAAAAUGUUGGUACUAUCUCCCUCAAGUACACUGGAAGAAAUUUUAAAUCAUUAUAUUGAAAAUUGUAAUGAAAUAAUUAAAAAAAUGAGUGAAUUCCAAGAACGAGAUAGUGGAUGGACUUUAAUCGAAAUAAAACAUCUAGAGAUCAACAUCAACAAAUAUACAUGUUUGAGAGGAUCUCAAUACAUAAAUCUUCCUCCCAAAAUAAGGAAUAAAAAGGCUUGCAUCAAUGUGCAAAACAAUGAUGUCUAUUGUUUUAAAUGGGCAAUAAUAUCAGCAUUAAAUCCACUUCCAAAGGAAAAGAAACCACAUAAAUGUAGCAACUACAAAGUAACGGACAUUAAGGCACACAUUAUAACAUUGGAAAAUAAUAUAAUAUUAAAUUUUGAAAACAUGGAAUUUCCCCUUACCAUAAAUAAAAUCAGAGUCUUUGAGUUGCAGAAUCCUGAUAUAAGUAUAAAUGUGUUCGGUUUAGAGGAUGCUAAGAUUAUAGGUCCUUACUAUUUUACAGAAGCUGAGAAAUCAACUCACAUCAAUCUUCUCCUAAUAGAAGAGGAUGAUAAAUUUCAUUACAUCUGGAUAAAAAAUAUAUCAAGAUUGUUGCGAAGUUCUAUAACAAAGAGUAAAAAUAGGAUUCAUUUUUGUAACACCUGCUUAACUCAUGUUUCUUCAAGUAGUAGACUAGAGAAACACAAACGUGAGUGUAAAAAGAUGGUGACAACAAUGCCAUCAGAUAAAGAUAAAAUACUUAAAUUUAAGAAUUUUAAACAUAAAUUAGAUAGGUUUACGUUCAAAAAUGUAUUCAAUUAAGAUUGAUAAAGUAGAUGAAGAAAUAAAGAAAAUAAAAGGUGUAAAACAUUGUGUUACAGCAAAACUUUCAACCAACGAUUUUAAAAAAUGUCUUUUUGAACAAAUUAAUUAUUAUGAUUCUAUGUAUGUUUUUAGAUCAAAAAUUCAUCAAUUGUACACACAACAUAUACAUAAAUUAGUUUUAAAUUAUUUAGAUGAUAAGAGAUUUAUAAGAGAAAAUGGUGUUGACACCUAUGCUUGGGGACACUAUAAAAUAAAAAAAUAAUUAAAAGAAAAAAAUGGUUUUGUUUGUUUUGUUUUUUUCACAAGAUAUUAUAUUUAUUAAAGAGAAAUUGUAUACAUAAAUGACCACAAUUGUAAGUAUUAAAUUUUUGUUUUUGUUUAUAAUUGUAUUCGAUAGGUGGUUUUAAAUAAUUAAUAAUUUCCAACGGUGGUUGUAAAUUACCAAAACUAUCAAAAUAUUCCUUAUAGUUGUAAUUUUUGUAAUAGGCAACCCAAUGUGUUCCUGGCCCAUUAGUUGUAUCUAAAUUAACUAUUCCACAUUCUUGUCGUAGUGGUUUGUUUGGUAAUGAGUCACGCAUAAAAACCCCUCUAAAGUGUUUCAAUGGCUUGCAGUACUUAACCAAAUCGAUAUCCGUCAAUGGUCGAUUGGGUAAUCUACUUAGAAGUUUUUUGGAGCUGGUUUAUAGUAAAGUCCAUAUCCUUUUUUAUAAGGUUUAAGAUAUAAUCCUUUUCCCAUAGCAAUUGAUUCCAUAUAUCUGUUAUGACGAGUAGCUUCAGCUAAUUGUUCUUUCCCAUUUUUGAUAUCCUUAACUGCUUUUACAAUAGCCGAUCCUCCAGUUGCUAAACCUCCAAGGGCUGAUAACGCAGUUAAAAUUGGAACUAUUGGUAGAAAUCCACCAAUUUUUGGUACUCGAAUGA